AGCGUGUUCGGGGAGGGGCUCGCCGCGUGCUCGAGGCCGAUCGUGGUCCUCGACUUCGUGUGGAACCUGGCCUUCGUGGUGGUCGCGGUGGUCGUGCUCCUGUCCGCCUUCAAGGAGAGGCCGUCCACCCCCUGAGGCUGUGGCUCUGCGGGUACGCGCUGCAGUGCAUGUUCCAUGUGGGGUUCGUGUGCGCCGAGUAUCGGCGGAGGGACGGGGACGGGGACGAUGAGCUGGUGGGCGGGAGUGGGCUGUCGCGGUCGCCGAGUCGCAGCAGGAUGAUUAAAAGAUUGGAAUCCUUGAAUACAGUAAUAUCGUCGAUAUGGUGGGUGUUUGGUUUCUAUUGGAUUGUUGUGGGUGGACAACCACUUCUUCAAGAUGCACCACGUCUCUACUGGUUGACAGUGGUUUUUCUUGCUUUUGAUGUCUUCUUCGUGAUCUUCUGCAUUGGUAUGGCUUUCGUGGUCUUCUUGGCUCUCUUUUGCUGCAUUCCCAUCUUGGCAAUUGCCUAUGCUGUUGCAAGCACUGAAGGGGCAUCCGAAGAUACCAUCAGGAGUCUUCCUAAGUAUAGGUACCGCCCAGCUACUGUGCUUAGCACGUUCAACAAUCUUGGGAUGGAAGAAGUUCUUGGGGCGAGGUCAGGAUUGGGAAACAAUGGUUCAAGUGGUGAACUUUUUCUUCAUUCGGAAGAUUCAGAAUGCUGCAUAUGCCUUUCUUCAUAUGUAGAUGGGGCAGAGCUUUAUACCCUUCCGUGCAAUCACCAUUUCCACUGCUCAUGCAUCAGCAAGUGGCUCCUGAUAAAUGCGACUUGUCCUCUCUGCAAAUUCAACAUUCUCAAGGGGGACACACUCGUCUGAACAGUCAUUGAGACCAUAAGAAGGAGACCGCAUGGCUCCAGAUUAGAACGGGAGAGAGGGAAUUUUAGUUCGUCAUGCUCUUUGCUGAUACACUGACCCCGAUGGCAAAUGAAGUGAAGAUGAAAAAGAUAGAAUUGGGUUUUUCUCUUACAACGAUUCCUGUUUGUAGCUAUUUAUGUACGCUCGGCACCAAAUUUUGUAAAUAGAAUUCUUGUAAGAGUUGAUGUCAGCCUUGA